GUUUCUGUUCUUCAAAACUAUGUUUAAGAAGCAAUUUACUAUUCAAUCCAAUCACCUUUUAAAGUCUUCUGAUCGUCGUCGUUUACGCACAGAACUUAAAGAAUGUUUCCCUUUGCUAGGAGAUGAAGAUUGGGAAAGGAUCUUACCACACAAAGUUGGAGAAGUCAUCGUAUUGAAACUUUCCAACAAAGCCACUGUAUAUUGCUUUCAGUGUAAUACAGAAAAUGAGGCUUUGGAGUUCUCUUCAGGUGGUGGUAAAUGGGGACAACCUUUAUUUGUUUUUGUUCCAGAAGAAGGAGGUUGGUUUCCAACUGUUUAUACUUUAUGGAAAGUACCCCAUUUAUUACCUUGUUUUGAAACGCACUCACAAGUCAGUCGUUUUCUAUUGGGAGCAGCUGAUUUGAUGCUUCCUGGUGUUUAUCCAACGGAUAACGAUGGCAGCUUUACGAAUGUUCAGUUUGGACAACGAAGGAGCGUUAUUGUGAGAGGAAAUCCAAUGCCUUUUGCUGUUGGUGUUUGUUGUUGUUCAUCAGUGGAUAUAAAGAACAAGGGAUUGAAAGGAAGAGCAUUGAAGCUCGUUCACUAUUAUGGAGAUGGUAUUUGGUCACUUGGAGAUCGUUCCAAACCCAACCAAGGUUUUACACUCGAACAAAUUGAUUCCGUUGACAAUCUGAAUGAAGAUAACAAUAAUGUACAGUUAAUAACACAACAACAGUCCAAUGUGGAAGAAGAGGAGUAUAUAGCACAAACAACUAGUCAACUGUCUAUAGAAGAAGAUGGUGGUUUAGAACAUUCCAAUGAGGUAGAUAUGGAUGCUUUAUUGGAUCGUUGUUUCUUACAAGCUGCAAAAUGUUCGAUUGAAGACCGACAAUUGCCAAUGGAAGCCAGUAAAAUGUUCAAUGAGUUUAUAUUACCUGCGAGACCAGCUCAUACGGUGAUUGAUUGGAAGAAAAGUUCACAUAAGAAAUUGGGAGCUUUUAUGAAGAGCCUCUCUAAACGUAAAUUGUGUAAAUUGAAGGAAGGAAAAGGACAAUUACAAGUAUUGACUAUCAACCGCAAUCAUGAAAUGUAUCAAUCCUUUGUUCCUUAUUAUGAUGAUAGUAGUAAAGAGAAGCAGUCGAAUCUAGAAGACGAUGGCUCUUCUCAUGAUGAUGUAGUAUCACAUAAUGGCAUUCCACAAGUUUCAGAAAUGUGGAAACCUCAUCAACAUAUGAAGCAUUUUCUGGAAUGUUUGCAAAAGAAUGAAAAUGCAUUAUAUUCUAGAGAAGAAAUAAGAGAAGCUUUGCAACAAUAUGUACAACACAAAUGGCCACAAAAGAAAGAGUCAUCGGAGAACGGUGAGAUUGUAUUGGACGAUGUUUUGCGAGAUGCACUAUUCAAAGGAAAUACCAAAGGACUGAUGGAAGAUAUUCCUUCAACUAUGGAUUGGAAAGAAGUGGAACUCAUGUUGUUAUCGAGAAUGCAACCUUAUCAUGUUUUGUAUAAACCUGGAGAAGAACCGAUGAUACGUAAAGGUGCAGUGAAGCCCAUAGCCAUUAUUGUGGAAGAUAGACAAGGAGGUAGAAAACAUGUAACACGUAUUCAAGGUAUAGAAACAUUUGGUAUUGAACCUGAAGACUUUGCACAAAAGGCACAAAUAGCAUUUGCUUGUGCUUCUAGUGUACACCCUUUGCCAGGAAAACAAAACCAUCUAGUAGAAGUACAAUGUCAAGGAAAUGUAACAAGUGAUGUGACUAAAUGGUUAUUACAAAAGUUUGGUAUUCCAUCGACUUGGAUUCAAGUUCAAGACAAACGAAAGAAAAAGUAAAAUCUUAAAGUAUGUUUCAUAAUCUUUAUGAAGACUUACCAGCACCCAAGUCUUCUUCUUCUUCUAGAAAUACAGCUCCAACGAAUGAACAGUUUGCAGUUAAA